UGUUAAAACAUGGUAGAAAGAAUUUAUUUGUUGCUUACUUAUUUAACGUGAUUAUUUAGGUGGGUAUUACCAUUGCAUUGCAUUCAUUGUGAGUAUUACCAUUACCUUGAUAUAUCAAUAUCAUGUUUCCUUUUUAGAAUCGAGUAAAUGGAGAUGGAAAAAAUUUGACCGAAGCUCAGUUUCCAAGUACUUUGUUAAUUUCUGAUGCCUCACCAAAUAAUUUAUCCCAAGCCUCCACUCCAAGUCAUAAGAGUGCUGCCAAUAGUGACUCACCUAUAAUGCAGCAUUGGGGUCUAAUUCCAAGUCCUUUGACCAAUUAUGCACCUUCAAGUGGAAGUGACACGCCGCUUAACCUCAGUAAGCCAAAAAAUAGUUCUCAAGCUCUGGAUUCUGCAUCUACUGCUCCAGUUUUUACAUCAUCCCAUUCAGUAGUGUCUUUAGCAGGCUCGACAGUAGCUGGACUUUUACCACCUUCCUAUCCCAUGGCACAAUCAUUCCUGGCAAAUCCAUUCUUUCAAGCAAGAGGCAAUAGUCAUUUAGUAGCUCAUCCUGCUGCUUUAUCUGUUGGUCCUCUGAUGAAAGAAAGCAGUCUUCCAUUGGGAGAAAAACAAUUUCCUUUACACAUGUAUCUACCACCUGUUCGUAAAGACAACAGUGAAUCCAGUGAUACAGACAAGAAAGGUGAAAGCAUCAUCACCUGUCAGAGCAAACUACUUGGUGCAAAAAUUAUUCGUCAAGCUAAAAAAGAAGGCGAUGGUAAACCACACAUUAAACGACCAAUGAAUGCGUUUAUGGUAUGGGCGAAGGACGAAAGGCGAAAAAUUCUUAAAGCUUGUCCAGACAUGCACAAUUCAAAUAUAUCCAAAAUUUUAGGUGCAAGAUGGAAAGCAAUGACAAAUUCUGAAAAACAACCAUAUUAUGAAGAACAAUCCCGUUUAAGUCGAUUACAUAUGGAAAAACAUCCAGAUUACAGGUAUAGACCUCGACCCAAAAGAACGUGUAUUGUUGAUGGCAAAAAACUUCGCAUUUCAGAAUAUAAACAGCUAAUGAGAGCAAGGCGACAAGAAAUGAGGAAUAUGUGGUACAGAGAAGGGGGACUUGGUUUGCUUGAAUCGUCAGUCAAUCCUGCUAGUAUAUCUCCACUUCUUUCAUCUAGUACCAAUCAUCCAGGAACUUCAAAUGGUCUAUCAGACCAACCGCCACCAAACAAUACUUCUGCUAAAGCCACAUAAAAACCGUUUUUAUUUGAACUCCAAGGACACUUUGUGCCAAAUGAACAGAAGUGGUAAUUUUCUAUGAACGAAAAAUGUUGCUUACCACAGUAUUGAGCACGAUUAAAAAACUUCCUGUGAUUCUAAAUGUAAAAAAAGAAUAUUUCAUCACUGUUUCAUGAACUAUUUCUUUAAAUUUAUUGAUCAAUUUAGUUGCUGCUAAGAGUAAUAUUUGAUAGCGAAGAUUUUCUCUACUUGUUAGAAAUGUGCGAAUUUUAGUUGUUUUGUGAAUAUAUCAUUUUGUGAGUCAGUAAAUUUUAGAAAAUACAUAUCGUCAGUUUCAAACCGGUGAUUUUCAAACAUUUUUGUUUUGAGAAGGAUUUUAAAAAAGAAAUGGAUUGCUUAUAUUGUGGCUUAUAGUUGUUUAACCGGAAAUCUACAUUAUCUAUACCCAGAAAAAUUUCAAUUAGUCCUGCCAUCCAGACUGGAAUUUCAGUUAGACUGAAACGAAUGAUCCAAGGAAUCGAAUUAGGUUUUUUGUCGAGUAAAAUCCAUCGUUGAAAUUACUACAUUAAUAGAACACCCAUCUCCAGUUUCUCUGAACACUAAACUUUCAAUUUACAACCUUACACGUUUUAUGUUUACACUACCAGUAAAGUGAAGCCUGUUAAGUUGAUCACUCUUCUGAAUUGACCUGGUUAAGUUGAUCUCUAUUGUCAAGAACCAAAUUUAUCUAAAAAAGAGUCCGAAACCUUUUUAACCUCACCACUCGUCUAUCUUGUAAAAUAUGUCAUAUUUGCAUAAGGGUGAUAUCGAACUCAUAAGUAUAUUGGAAAAAAUACUUUUUCAGAUAAUUUCUAUGUUUUUAUGUUAAAAUUUCCAUGCAUUAGUGAAAUAUUAUGAAAAGCUAAUCAAAAACUUUUCAUGAGUUGACCUUAUAGGAAACUAUUCAGAGCUUUUGUAAGAAUUAAGUUUUGAAGUACUAAAUUAAUUUUAAAUGUUGAAAUGAUUAUAAUACAAAGUUUCAUAAUUGCAUAUGCGUUCUUCUGCAUAUGCAAUACGUAUACCUAAAUAUUAUUUUUAAUAUUUUAAGAGAGCAUCAAAAAUGA